ACAAACAUAAAACCCACCUACCAGGUCACCAUCCCAUUCUCUGCCCUGUCCUUCAUCCCCCUCCAGGCCUCCUCCUCCCAUUUCCACCCCUUCAGUCUUCUCUUUUUUAGCCCCAUUUCUCACUCUCCCACUCAAGAAAGAGAGAGGCCAGCGGGAGGAAAGAAAAUAAUAUACAGAUCUGAAACAAAAGAAAAAAAAAAAUUAAAAAGAAAAAAAUGAAGGGAUUCAACAGCAACGAGAAGCAGCAGCUGCUCCUCCUCCACAAGCCCGCCUCUAAUGGCGGCGGCGGCGGAGCCUCCGGCGGCGGCGGCGGCGGCGGCGGCGGGGGGUCGGCGCCGGCGUCCCCGCUGGCGCUGCUCGGCGGGCCCAACCACCGGCUGUGGCUCGUCGUCUUCCUCUCCUUCUUCACCGUCGCCUCCCUCCUCACCCUCCUCUCCACCGCCCGCGACCCCCUCCUCCUCUCCCCCCCCUCCACCCCCACCACCGUCGCCGUCGCCGUCGCCGUCGCCACCUCCGAGCCCACGGCCACGGCGGCGGCGGCAAAGAAGGAGGAGGAGGGGGCGCCGGCGGGGUUGGCGGAGCAGGUGUUCGACGCUUUGGUGCACUACGCGGCGGCGGCGAACGCGUCGGCGCGGAGCAUGACGGAGCGGGACAUGCGCGCGGUGGCGGGGGUGCUGCGGCGGCGCGCGCCGUGCAACCUGCUGGUGUUCGGGCUGGGCCCGGAGACGGCGCUGUGGCGCGCGCUGAACCACGGCGGGCGCACGGUGUUCCUCGACGAGAACGAGUACUACAUCGCGCACCUCGAGCGCCGCCUCCCGGGCCUCGAGGCCUACGACGUCGCCUACACCACGCGCGUCGCCGACCUCCCCGACCUCCUCGCCGGCGCCCGCGCCUCCCGCGCCGGCGACUGCCGCCCCGUCCAGGACCUGCUCUUCUCCGAGUGCCGCCUCGCCCUCAACGACCUCCCCAACCACCUCUACGACGUCGCCUGGGACGUCGUCCUCGUCGACGGCCCCCGCGGCUACGCCGGCGCCGCCCCCGGCCGCAUGGCCCCCAUCUUCACCGCCGCCGUCAUGGCCCACACCCGCCCCCCCUCCGCCGCCGUCGACGUCCUCGUCCACGACUACGAGCGCGAGGCCGAGAGGCUCUGCAGCGAGGAGUUCCUCUGCCGCGCCAACCUCGUCGCCGACUCCCUGACCGGCACCCUCGCCCACUUCAUCGUCCGCCCCAACACCGCCGGCGAAUUCUGCCCCAAUGCCACCGCAACCGCCGCCGCCGCCGCCGCCAACUCUUCGGCGACGGCGGAGUAGUUUAUUAUUAUUAGUCGGUUCAGAGGCCUAGUUUGGUAAUGCGGUAGCUAAAAGCACCAUCGCACUCUCGUACUUUUCAAGUGAUAAAAUUUCAGUGUGGAGCUUUCCAACUACAUCUUAUUAGAGAGCUCUCGAUCUGCUGUUAUAUGUCAGCUAGCUUUUAUCUCCAUGCAAUAAUUUACUUUAUGUUUUCUAAAUUAGAAAGAAUAAUUAUAAUUUUUGUACAGAGAUAAAAGUGACGGAUGACAGCAGAUUGAGUUUUAAAUAUUUAAAAUUGUAAAAUAUAAAAUAUAUAGAGGUCGGUGCUUUUAGAAAUGUAAUUUCAAACAAGGCCCUUAGUAAUUAUUAAUUAAUUAGAUGGAAGCACAUAUAGUAUAUAUAAGUUUUGGAAAAUGAGGGGAUAAAAAAAUAAAAAGAAAAAAAAAUAUUGAAAUGAAAAGAAAAAUUAAAGAGUUUUAUGUUGUGCACCUCUCUUGUUUUUUGAAGUGAAAAAUGAACUAACGAAGAGAGAAUAGCGGUGGGCUCUCUUUUUUUCUUUUUCUUUUUAUUUUUAUUUAUUUUUAUUUUUAUUUAUAUUUUUUUUUUGUAGUAGUAGUAGUUGCUGGUUGGUUGUACUGAAAAAUAAUUUGUAGGAAGUGGGAGUAGGAAAGUGUAAAUUUUACAGUUUGUUUAUAAACCUUUUGUCCAAGUUUUUCUUUUAA